UGUUUUAAUCUCUUUAUGCGAUACAAUUAACAUUGCUUCGCUUAAACGCGAAGGAAACAGUGCAGUUUUAAUCGAUAAAAAAAUAUAUUAUAUUGGUGGCAGAGCUGAAUCCACACAAACUGAUAAUGCAUUUCAAUUGGAUUUAUCAUCAGACUUUGCAGUAGAUGAUCCAAAUUUUACAAAUUUUACUCAAGUCCUUGGACUUGAAAAUAUGUCGUCGCCUACUUGGACUGCUGCUUGCUUAGGAAAAGAUAAUACUAUAUAUAUAUUUGAUGGAACAGAUGCAUCACAAUCGUCAUUACCCAAAAUAAACACAUUAUACAAAAUAAGCCUAUCCAACGAUAAUUUUCUUAAUUGGGUAGCAUUUUCACCAAACCAAGGAGACACGUGGCCAAGUGCACGAGAUGGAAUAGUUCCAAUUAUUGACAACCUUUCAAGAAUUUUUGUAUGGGGUGGACGUAAUGAAGGCCAAGAUAAUAAAACAAUGUAUAUAUUUGAAGCGAAUAAUUGGAAAAGCUAUACUUUGGCGAAUGCGCCGAAUCCAAGAUCAUCUCAUUCGGCUACAUUAUUAAAUGAUGGCCGAAUUAUUUAUAUUGGCGGACAGAAUUUAAGUUCAUAUCCGGAGGUCGAUUUUUUGGAGCUAAUAAUAUUUGAUUCCACAAAACUUGAAUGGGUUACUCAACCAUCCACAAGUAACAUACAAAUAAAAAAUCGCGCAGCACAUUCAGCAUUACUUCACUCGGAUUCCAUUUCUAUUAUUAUGUAUGGAGGAGCCUACUAUCCUACCGGAGAUAUUCCCGAUUUUGACUCGGUAUGGAUAUUGAAUACGCAAACUUGGACGUGGUCCCGGCCAUCAGUUCCUAGCUUAUCAUACAUUAUUGUUACAGAAAGUCAUACUGCAGUGUUGUAUAAUGGAUAUAUGAUUAUAGCUUUUGGAAUUAACAAAAAUUAUACUGAGUAUACAUCUCAAGUAAAAGUUAUGGAUGUCGCGAAUUUAAGCUCACUGGCUUGGGUUCCUACUUACAAAGUAAGGUUAUUAUCAACAACGACUACUACAGGUCCAGCAAAUCCAAUCACUUCAAAUAACGCAAGCACAGAUAAAACCACUGGAACAGAUAGAAAGAAAGCUAAUCUUGGUCCAAUACUUGGAAUUGUAAUCGGUGGUUUCGUUCUCGUUGUCACGGUUUUUAUUAUAUUUUAUAUAUGUCGUCGACGUAAAUCUGAUUAUUUUACGACAAAUGGAAGACAUUCGGAAUAUUCUACACAUUCGAACAAUGAACUAGUCUCCGCUAUUUCAAAUGGAAGACAUUCGGAGUAUUCUGCACAUUCGAACAAUGAACCGGUUUCUGCUAUUAUCUCAACUGUCAGCACAACAAG